GGAAAUAUUGAGAGAGUAUCAAGUCCAUCAUACAGACAUCUAUACAUAUGUGCUCUUGACCAAACUUUUUUAAUAGACAUUGAUGUAAAUGUAGUGCAAUGGUCACAUAAGCACUUACAGAGGAGUGCAAGCUCACUUCAAUGUUCUACUUACAAAGUCACUUUAAUAGGGAAUAGGUGGAGAGACACUGGCAUUUUUGGAAAGAAAGAAACAACUAAAACAUGAAUCAUAUUGUAAAGUUGCGAAGGAGCUUCCGAACACUAGUACUUCUCUUAGCCACUUUCUGUCUUAUAAGUAUAGUAAUUUCUGCUUACUAUUUAUAUUCUGGUCACAAGCAGGCAAUAGUACUUAUUGAGACAACUGCUCAAGCUAAUUGUGAAGACAUAAACCUAUUACCAUACAGGACAGUGGAGAUAAGGACUGCUAAGCCAAUUAUUACCGGUACUGCUUCCAUGACAGACCUCACAGUGUUACUCUUUGUGGAGAGCCAAUACUCUCAGCUUGGACAAGAUAUUGUAGCCAUCCUGGAGUCCAGCAGGUUUCAGUACCACAUAGUCAUUGCACCUGGUAAAGGAGACAUCCCUCCACUUACAAAAGAUGGCAAAGGUAAAUAUGCAAUCAUAAUCUAUGAAAACAUUUUAAAGUAUGUAGCAAUGGACUCUUGGAAUCGAGAACUUCUUGAAAAAUACUGCAUUGAUUACAGCGUCAGCAUUAUUGCUUUCCAUAAAGCUAAUGAAAAUAGCUUACCAAAUACCAAAUUGAAAGGUUUUCCAUUACUUCUCUACAACAAUGUAGCUCUGAAAGACUGUUUUGUAAAUCCAUCCUCUCCACUGCUUCACAUAACAAAAGCAACAGUUGCUAAAGGGCCUCUGCCUGGGGAAGACUGGACAGUUUUCCAGUACAACCAUUCAACAUACCAACCUGUGAUCUUAUCUGAACUGCAAACAUCUGAGCAACAUGAUCCUUCUUUAUCCAGAUCUUCCCUUCAAGCCACUGUUAUCCAAGACCUUGGACUUCAUGAUGGGAUUCAAAGAGUUUUGUUUGGAAACAACUUGAAUUUUUGGUUGCAUAAAUUAAUUUUUAUAGAUGCCAUAUCUUUUUUGUCUGGGAAGAAACUUAGUUUAUCUUUGAACAGAUUCAUUCUUGUAGACAUAGAUGAUAUAUUUGUUGGAAAGGAAGGCACUAGGAUGAAUGCAAAUGAUGUUAAGGCGUUGCUACACACACAAAAAUUAUUGCGUACUCAGGUUGCAAAUUUCACCUUCAAUCUUGGAUUUUCAGGGAAGUUCUAUCACACAGGUACUGUUGAGGAAGAUAAAGGAGAUGAUCUUUUAUUGGCUUCAGUGAACGAGUUUUGGUGGUUUCCUCACAUGUGGAGUCAUAUGCAGCCUCAUCUUUUUCACAAUGAGUCCUCUUUGGCAGAACAAAUGAUCCUAAACAAAGAAUUUGCACAGGAACAUGGCAUUCCAACAAACAUGGGUUAUGCGGUGGCUCCACAUCACUCCGGUGUCUACCCAGUACAUGUGCAGCUCUAUGAAGCCUGGAAGAGGGUAUGGGGCAUUAAAGUUACAAGCACUGAGGAAUACCCUCAUCUGAAACCUGCCCGAUAUAGACAGGGCUUUGUGCACAAUGGGAUAAUGGUCUUGCCUCGACAAACCUGUGGCUUAUUUACACACACCAUCUUCUAUAAAGAGUAUCCUGGUGGACCCACUGAAUUGGACAAAAGUAUUCGAGGAGGAGAGCUCUUUAUGACAGUGCUGCUGAAUCCUAUCAGUAUCUUCAUGACCCACCUGUCUAAUUAUGGGAAUGACCGCCUUGGACUAUACACAUUUGUUAAUCUUGCUAACUUUGUACAAACAUGGACCAAUUUGAAACUGCAAACUUUACCACCAAUACAGCUAGCUCAUAAAUAUUUUGAACUCUUCCCUGAGCAAAAGGAUCCUAUCUGGCAGAAUCCAUGUGAUGAUAGGAGGCACAGAGACAUCUGGUCUAGAGAUAAAACCUGUGAUCGCCUUCCAAAAUUUCUCGUAGUAGGACCUCAAAAGACUGGCACAACUGCACUUUACCUAUUUCUACUAAUGCAUCCAUACAUCAUUAGUAACCUUCCUAAUCCAAAGACCUUUGAGGAAGUCCAAUUUUUUAAUGGAAACAACUAUCACAAGGGGAUUGACUGGUACAUGGAUUUUUUCCCUUACCCAUCUAACACCACUUCAGAUUUCCUGUUUGAGAAGAGUGCAAAUUAUUUUCACUCAGAGGAAGUACCCAAACGAGUUGCAGCACUCCUCCCAAAAGCAAAGGUUAUCACCAUACUCAUUGAUCCAUCUGAUCGAGCAUAUUCUUGGUACCAGCAUCAGCGAUCUCAUGAAGAUUCCACUGCCCUUAAAUAUAGCUUCUAUGAAGUGAUAACAGCAGAUCACACAGCUUCCUUGGAGUUACACACCCUACAGAAAAGAUGCCUUGUUCCAGGCUGGUAUUCAACACAUUUAGAACGAUGGUUAACAUACUUCCCACCCUCACAGCUGUUAAUUAUCGAUGGACAACAUCUGAGGAGUGAUCCAGCUAUUGUCAUGGAUGCUAUGCAGGCUUUUCUAGGUGUCUCUCCUCAUUAUAACUACUCAGAGACUCUAACGUUUAGUCCAGAAAAAGGCUUCUGGUGCCAAUUAUUAGAAGGUGGUAAAACAAAAUGUCUUGGCAAAAAUAAGGGUCGUAAAUAUCCAACAAUGAAUAUAGAGUCAAGAGCUUUUCUUUCAAGCUAUUACCGGGACUACAACAUUGAACUGUCCAAACUUCUACAUAGACUGGGAUUACCUUUACCAUCCUGGCUGAGGCAGGAGCUCCAGAAAGUGAGAUAGCAUUGAAGACAUCGACUAAUACACAAUUUCAGCCUUGUGGUUUCUCCGCUAAGAAAACAAAAUUAGAAACAAUUCCCCUCCCUCACACUUACAAAUAUUAGUCACAGUUCCCAGAACAAUUCACAAAAUCCAAGAACACUUUCUUAUGCAUAAGGUGCCACUUAUCAGCAGUUUUACUGUCAGAUCAAUCUCAGUACCUGAGUUGAGAUUUUCUGUAAUUGAAGGUAAUAUCCUACAUUAAACAUGAGACUCACACUGCACCCAUUUCCUUUUGAUAACAAGAGACUUCCAGUAACAGUUUUAUGAUUGGAAUCCUUCAUUUAAUACAACAUGCACUACUGUCUGAGAGAACCAAAGCAGAAGUAGAUGCAGUGGAUUUAAAGGUUAGUGUUACAAUCAGGUUGCAUAAAUCAGUAUACAUCUUCAUAAUAAAAUACCAUUUUUUUAACGUAUAUCAUUCAUGCAGUACUGUAAGAUUUACUUCAAGCAUUUACAAUGCCCGCAAUAUGAUGUGUUUUCUUCAUCAAUCACAAUCUUGGUAUUGUGAUUUUGCUAUACACAUUUAUAAUGCUUUUGCAAAAGCAAUAGGGUACACUAUGUGUAGCACCUCCAGCUGUGAUGUUCAAAAGAAUUUAGUUCAAUAAUAGCUUCCUGCAGCUCUUAGAAGUGCUGUAUAAAUUGUAUUUUUUCCUUUUUGGUCAAUGAUGAUUUUUUUUUUCUCGUAGUACACAUCUAGUGCCUAAACGUCUAUUUGAUUGUAUUUUUGACGGAAAAUCUGACUGCAGUCUUUGCCAUAAUG